UAAGGACGGUCUAUAAGAACGGGCUGAACAUGCCUCAGUAGCACAUCCAAUCGGAUUUGCCAAUAGAUUUUCAAUAUUGACAGUGAAUAUCGAAACGCAGCCUCUGUAUAGUAACACUACCUUGUGGUUUGAUUAGUUUAGGCUAGGUACAGUUAGGUUAAGGUUUGCAAUUUGCGUGUUAUAUUUCGUCAGAUCACGCCAUAACCUUUCUCCGUUCCACGAUCCUUCUCAUCGUUAUUUCUCACAUAACGUAUGAGCAAGUGAGUCAAGUAUUUAUGAGAAUUUAUUUGCGCGAAUGAUGCGUCUCGCGACGGCGAUGAACGUUAAAUUGUUGCCGAUACUGCGGCAACGCGGUGUGUUCGCGCGUUCCUUCUGCAAAAGUCGGCCUGCUGACCCUCAGAUAUUGCCGACCCGCAUUAAAUCAGUACGAACAGAAUAUUUUGCUGGAAAAUCAAGAUUAUUGAGAAAUGUACGCGGACGUCAGCUUCAUCCCGCGGUGAUGUCAGUGAGAUUUUAUGCGAAAAACUUUAAUCGAAAUCCACCGAAUGACGGAGACGGAGAUCAACCGGCAGAUUAUCCUGCUUCCUUACCUGCAACUGUGGUGGUACCUGAGGUAUGGCCUCAUGUACCAGUCAUUGCUAUUAACAGGAAUCCAGUAUUUCCCAGGUUUAUCAAGCUCAUUGAGCUUACGAAUCCAAUUCUGAUAGAUCUGAUACGUAGAAAGAUAAAACUCAAUCAACCUUAUGUAGGAGUCUUUUUGAAAAAAUCUGAAGAAAAUGAAGCUGAAAUUGUUCAAAAUUUGGAUGAUAUUUACUCUAUUGGAACUUUUGCACAAGUACACGAGGUACAGGAUUUAGGCAACCGAAUGAGAUUGGUAGUUAUGGCGCAUAGAAGAAUCAAAGUUGUUAGUCAAAUAUUUGAAGAUGGCAAUACAAAACCAGGACAGGAGAUGAAACUGACGUUUCCGCUACUAAAUACAACAAUUACCGUCCCUGUAGACGACAUGACUACUAGCAAGAUGAGCCGGAGAUCGUUACGUAAGAAGGCAGAGAAUAAAGUUAUAGAACAAAUUGAAAAGAUUAGUGAAAUGGAUCCUGUGGAAGUAAAACAAUCAGUAGAUUCACCGGAGAAAAAUGCGAAGAAACCGUUAGAUCCAUCCGGCAGUCAACCUAUAUUGAUGGUGGAGGUUCUAAAUGUUACACAUGAAAAAUUUAAGCAAACUGAAGAGAUCAAGGCUCUGACGCAGGAACUCAUUAAGACGAUUCGAGACAUAAUCAGCAUGAAUCCUUUAUAUCGUGAAUCUCUGCAGCAAAUGUUACAUCAAGGACAACGAGUUGUGGAUAAUCCAGUUUAUCUCAGUGAUUUAGGCGCUGCCUUAACUGGAGCGGAUGCACAGGAAUUGCAACAAGUCCUGGAAGAAAUGGAUAUUAUAAAAAGAUUAAGAUUGUCACUCGCACUUUUGAAGAAGGAAUACGAGUUGAGUAAACUGCAGCAAAAAAUUGGCAGGGAGGUUGAAGAGAAGGUGAAGCAACAGCAUAGAAAAUAUAUUCUUCAUGAACAGUUAAAAGUUAUCAAGAAAGAGCUAGGGUUGGAGAAGGAUGACAAAGAUGCGAUAGAAGAGAAAUAUCGGGAAAGGAUAAAGCAGAAAGUGGUUCCUAAACCGGUGAUGGACGUUCUAGAAGAAGAAUUGAACAAGCUAUCUUUCUUAGAAAAUCACAGCAGUGAGUUCAAUGUUACAAGAAAUUAUUUGGACUGGCUGACAUCUAUGCCGUGGGGUAUAACGAGCACAGAGAAUUUAAAUCUUCAGGAAGCUGCCGAAAUUUUAGAUCAAGAUCAUUAUGGCAUGGAAGACAUAAAGAAGAGAAUUCUCGAAUUUAUUGCUGUCAGCCAGCUGAAGGGCACUACGCAGGGCAAGAUACUAUGUUUUCAUGGACCUCCCGGUGUAGGCAAAACCUCCAUAGCUAAAUCGAUCUCUCGUGCUUUGAACAGGGAAUACUUUAGGUUUAGCGUUGGCGGAAUGAUGGACGUGGCGGAGAUUAAGGGGCACAGACGAACGUACGUGGGUGCCAUGCCAGGCAAAGCCAUUCAGUGCCUAAAGAAAACUAAGACUGAGAAUCCCUUGGUUCUCAUAGAUGAAGUUGACAAGAUCGGCAAGGGAGGCUACCAAGGUGACCCAGCAUCCGCUCUUCUCGAAAUGCUCGAUCCAGAGCAGAAUGCAAACUUCUUGGAUCAUUACUUAGACGUUCCGGUGGACUUGUCGAAGGUUCUAUUCAUUUGCACGGCGAAUGUCACGGAUACCAUUCCGGAACCUCUGAGAGACCGUAUGGAGAUGAUAGAUAUGUCGGGUUACGUGGCCGAGGAGAAACUGGCCAUCGCGAAGCAGUACCUGAUUCCGCAGGCUAAAACCGAGUGUGGCCUUAAUAAUGAGCAAAUCAAUAUAGACGACAAGGCGCUCACGGCUCUGAUCAAGUCUUACUGUCGCGAAUCGGGAGUGAGAAGCUUGCAGAAGCACAUUGAGAAGGUGCACAGGAAGGUGGCGUUCAAAAUUGUGAAAAAGGAGUCCAAUGGUAUUACCGUGACCCCGGGCAAUCUACAGGAGUUUGUAGGCAAGCCCGUGUUCACGCACGACCGAAUGUACGACGUUACGCCGCCCGGGGUAGUAAUGGGACUGGCGUGGACCGCCAUGGGCGGCUCCACCUUGUUCAUCGAGACCACCGUCAGGAAGCCGACGAGUGGCAAGAAGUCCGAGGGUACCUUCGAGGUCACCGGCCACCUAGGCGAUGUGAUGAAGGAGUCGAUACACAUAGCGAUGACUGUCGCAAGGAAUCACUUGAAACGCAUCGAUCCUGAGAAUGCGUUUCUCUACGAUUCUCAUCUGCACAUACAUGUGCCCGAGGGUGCCACUCCGAAGGAUGGGCCGAGCGCGGGCGUGACGAUCGCCACCGCGUUGAUUUCCCUCGCGAAGGAACAAGCUAUCAGGCAAGAAGUGGCGAUGACGGGGGAAGUGAGCCUCACCGGCAAGGUUCUCCCUGUCGGUGGUAUUAAGGAGAAAACUAUCGCGGCAAAACGGGUCGGCGUUAAAUGUAUAAUUUUACCUGAGGAGAACAAGAAAGAUUUUGACGAUUUACCUAACUACAUCACAGAUGGAUUAGAGGUACAUUUUGCUUCAUCAUUCGAUGAUGUUUACCGUAUAUGUUUCACACAGGCGAACAAGACCGAAUCUUUUCAACCUGAAAAACCAUUUGAUGCUCAAAUUUCACCAACGCAACCGGCAUUUGUGUAAAUUCGGAUAUCAUUCGAAGGAAUACAUCGUUGACAAAGUAUUCUUUCUUAAUAUUUUGUUUCUUAUAUAAAAAGUGUACAAUUAAUUAAAACUAUGAUUUUAUAUAUUGGUUAAUGUUC